CCCGCCCACCACUUUCCCAGGCUGCCCCGCGCCGUAGACUGAGCCGGGGGAGGUGGAGCCGCAGCCGCUGUAGCGGGACCAAAGUGGAAAUUUCCCCCACCAGCAGCAGCAGCCGCCCCGGUGGCAGGUUUCGCCGCUCAGAGAGUCACGAGACGCCGCCGCCGCCGGACCCAGCGCCGCCCGCCCGCCAUGGCCAACUACAUCCACGUGCCGCCCGGCUCCCCCGAGGUGCCCAAGCUGGACAUCGCCCUGAGCGACGCGGAUGGGCCCGGCUGCCGCGACGGAGCCCUGCAGCUGCUGCGUCGCCUGCGGCCCCACUGGAGCCCCGAGGAUGUGACGCUGCAGCUGUUCACAGAUGGAAUCACCAACAAGCUUAUUGGUUGCUAUGUGGGUGAUGCAAUGGAUGAUGUGGUUUUAGUUAGAAUCUAUGGAAACAAGACCGAGUUGUUAGUAGAUCGAGAUGAGGAAGUGAAAAGUUUCCGGGUGUUGCAGGCCCAUGGCUGUGCGCCACAACUCUACUGUACUUUCAGUAAUGGUCUGUGCUACGAGUUCAUGCAGGGAGAAGCACUGGAUCCAGAGCACGUCUGCAACCCAGAUAUAUUCAGACUCAUAGCCAGGCAGCUUGCUAAAAUCCAUGCUAUUCAUGCACACAAUGGAUGGAUCCCCAAAUCUAACUUGUGGCUGAAGAUGGGGAAAUAUUUCUCACUCAUACCUACAGAAUUUACAGAUGAGGAAGUAAAUAAACGGUUCUUAAGUGAUGUUCCAAGUCCUCAAAUCCUUCAGGAAGAGAUGGCCUGGAUGAAGGAGAGACUGUCAAAUCUAGGAUCCCCAGUGGUGCUUUGCCACAAUGACCUGUUGUGUAAGAAUAUUAUCUACAACGAGAAACAAGGUGAUGUACAAUUCAUUGAUUAUGAGUACUCGGGAUACAACUACCUGGCUUAUGAUAUUGGAAAUCAUUUCAAUGAGUUUGCAGGCGUGAGUGAGGUAGACUACAGCCUUUAUCCGGAUAGAGAAUUACAAGAGCAGUGGCUGAGAUCUUACCUUGAGGCCUACAAGGAAUAUAAAGGUUUCGGUACAGAUGUUACUGAGAAAGAGGUAGAAGUACUGUAUGUGCAAGUCAAUCAAUUUGCAUUGGCCUCUCAUUUCUUUUGGGGAUUGUGGGCUCUGAUUCAAGCCAAAUAUUCCACCAUUGACUUUGAUUUUCUAGGGUACGCAAUUGUUCGUUUUAACCAGUAUUUCAAAAUGAAGCCAGAGGUCACAGCAUUAAAGCUUCCCGAGUAACGAAGAACUUCAGUGAUCCUCAAGUGGAUAAGCGAUCCUUAGAAUCCUUUCUGAGAACAGAUACUGAAAAAGCUAAACAUUUUGUUUAAUUUCUGUAAUGUUCACUUGGUUGUUUUGCUUUACAAAUGAUGCCUCUAAACAAGUCUUAAUGUUAAAUCUAAUAAGAAGAGCAUACCUACUGUUGAUAUAGAAUGGAUUAGAAACUUGCUAAAUCUUUAAGGCUGUAGAGAUGGCAAUUUAAUCCUUACUUAAGUAAUUUAACAUAUGUUGUAUGUGAUUUAUUUAUUAUGAGUUUAACAUGAUUCCAUUGCUGCUUUCAUCAGUUUCUGUAAAGGUUGAGUGCAGGCAAUGAAACUAUUCCAAAGGAUUUGUUUUUUCACAACUUAUUUUAUUAAAGUGACAUUAACUUAUAUAAAGACUGUACAUGGUCAGUAGAGAAUCUUAAUCUUUAACUGUAUACAAAAAAACCCAAACCAUGAAUAGUGGUAAUUUACUCUUGAAAUGCCAAUCACUGGUACCGAGUAAUUGAGGGAUGGAAAAUGAGGAUAAAAGCAAUUUUCCACAUCACAGUACUUUACAUUUUAUAACAAGGCCUAUCUACUUAUUAGGGUUAAAUAUCAGCAUUUUGACUUUCCUUCUGCUACUAUUACAUAAUAGAAAUCUGAAGGCUUUAUGGCCACCUGAUUAUUUAGGAAUGUGUAUAGUAUCUGACAGGAAAUGUAUCAACCUUAACUUGUAUGGGAGAGUUUCUUGUUUGUUAAAUUUUUCCAUUUAUUUUAAAGACCACUAUUCCAAAAUCUCAAGAAAUUCCUUAUGGAAGGGAAUAAAUCUUCAAUUUUUUUUUAACUCUUCUAUGUUCUGAACUAUAUAUAUAUUACUGCAACAGGAUAGACUAUUGAGUUUAAAACAGUGAACAUGAAAUCCUGUUGCUCUUGGGAGCAAAACAAUACCACUUCAGUUAAAGGAUACAUAGAUUUUUAAACCUUUUUUCCUUCUUUCCUCAUCUUUCCAGCUUGGAUUCUUGUCUUUAAAUACUUAGGUCCAGUAGUUAUAGAUUCUGUUACAUUUUCUGGCUUUCUUCCUGUACUGAUAGCAAAAAUAUUAGUAGCCCAAAGUCUCAGGUUCAAAGAAUGUUCUUGAAAUGUGUGAGAUUUGAACAGUGGGGCUUUGAUCAUCCUCAGUGUUUUUUAAAAAGCUAUUAUACCAAGAAUGGUUUGAAGUACAAAAUGUGAAUUGAAAAGAAAAUGUUUACUUUGUGACUGUAUGUUGAGAGAAGUUGGGGAUGAUGCUUUAAAUCUUGGAAGUUGCUGUCGUUGAGCAGUCAAUCAAUUCUGAUGAUUACUCUGAAAAACCUUUGCACUUUGGUCACUGAAGUGCCCACACGUACAAAGUCUGCAUGUAUGCACAUACAGUAUGUGCAAACACACACUCACCUUAGGAGUAGAUUUUAUGGGGAGCCUGCUGCAAACUCGGCAAGGAUAUCUAUUCACAAUUGCUCUGUAGCAUAUUGUCAAAUGCAGAUGGGCUUUACAAAAGCAUAGCUUGUUUCAGGAUGCUUAACGCAAUGACAUGGAUGAAAAACUUUCACCUUAUACACCAUUUUAAAUGGUGGUCUGUUAUUUUACAAAAGCAAGUUUUAUUCCUUAAAACUAGUUUGUAUUCAUCCCCUGGUGGUUCCAACCGUGGAUUUCUUACAAUCACAUUCUUAAAAUUUUAAUAUAAAUGGAUAAACUUUUCAUAAAAAAAACUUUGAAAGUGGGUAAGUCUUAUUUAGCACCUUACUAAAGUAGUUUAUUAAAUUGGACAGAUUCUCUUCAUAGUCUAAAUAAAACUGACCAACUGAAAUUGCAUGUCCUUCUGUAGCAUUAUCAAGGAUGUUGCUAGAGCUCAUGAAAGUGACAGACAGUGAACAGCUUUUUAAUCUUUGUACCUGAAAAGUUCUCUCCUCGCUAAGAGGAAUAUUCUUCCACACUUACCCACAUUAAGUAGUACCUUGGUCCAUAAGUUGUCCCUUUAAUUUCGGCAAGACAUCUCUUGGAGUAAGGUGCUACUUAGUGUGAGUACCAGUGUUGGAUCCUGAAAAAACCUAUUUCAAGAUCAAAACAACAACCAUCCCUUUCCUGAUAGAGUAAAGUGACAACUUCAUUUCUGGCGUUGAUAACACAUACAUAUUUGAGAGUGAGAAUGUGGGAGUUAGCUUUUAUUUUUAACAUGGUAAAUUGGAACACUUACCAGAUCCCCCUUUCUAACUAUCCCAAAGAGAACUGUUUUAAAAUAUAUACAGCAGUGUCUGUUUAUUCUGAAGUACAGUCCAGCUCUUGUUAGUCCUAAUUCUUUUCAAACUCUUUGGCUACUCAAGAGUAGUGUCCCAUACUCUCUGAUGAGAGAACCACAAGGUCCAAAGAAGCCCUGGUAAUUUGACCCAGAGAAAACAGCUGAAUGAAAGCUUCUGGAGUAAAGUGCUGGCUGAAAGAGGCUUGUUAACUCCGUGAGCAAAGAAACAGCUGUUGUUUGAUUCCUACUGUGGGAAGCAGGACUAUACAAAGAAUGUACAAACAGGAUGGCAUCAAAGAAAUACCUGAUUACAUUAUCACUCUCGCCUCCUAAUGGAAACAGCCUGCUAGAACUUGAAAAUUGGCUAACCAUUCAGGCCAAAAGAGGGUGACACUGCAGAUCACUCUUUCUGCAAGGGGGAGAGGGCAGAGCUAGGGUGUCUCCUUUGCAGUUUAUAAAUCCCAUUGUCUCCCUGCCCUAGUAGCUCUUCCUAUGCUGGUACUGUUUCAGUUUGGAAUUGUACUGUCAUUUUUUAAAGGAGAUGUUUGUUCACACAGUGCAGGUAACAAUCUCUGCAGGGGAACAGGUUACUCCUUUAGAACGUAAGCUUUUUGUGACUGGAUGUCAGCCUCAGUCAUGUUGAGCUGCCAAAUUCCACGGAACUCCUUUCACAGACCUCAAAAACACUUUGAGGCAAAGAUAUUAUAAAUACAGUAAUCUUUGCCUGAGCCAUUUUUAGGAAGCACGAGACUUAUCACAGAGUUAUAAUAGGAGACUUUGCAGUAUAGUAGAGACCUGCAUUUUCAUAUUGCGUAUUAAAAUCCAUUUUAGAAAACAUGGCUGUGCAGUGGCUUCCAUUUAAGACCAGCAUAUGCAACAAACUUCAAAUUCUUAGAUCAGGUUGUUCGUGAGAGAUGUUAUUAGGAAGUAGUUACUUUUUCCAAAAUGAAAUGCCAGUCACCUGGAGUCUCAUACCUCAACAGUUUUAUCCAGAACUGCUCAGAAUUUCCUCUCCUAUAGAGGGUAUUCUGCAAACAUGUUCAAGGGGAACUUGGGAUGGCACUGCAGGAUUCAAACUUGGGUUUGUCACUGCAGAUACCGUACCGCCUGAACAUGGGUGAACUAGUGACGCCUCAAAAUAAGGAACUCCCAUUUCGUUAAAAUUCAUUUCCUCAUUCUUAGUAAUUUUAGGCUACCUGAAAAGAAGGAAAAUGUCUCUGAGCUCUAGAAACAUCCAUCCUGGCUUUGCGUUGCCAAGAAGAUACUCUCUUGCCUUUCUUUUUAGCUAAAGGCUUGAAUGCCAAACUUAAUAACUUUUACUGUAUAGUUAAACCUAUAUUGUAAAUAUAAAGAAGGUUGUUAGCAAUGGCAUUCAUGCAUGUGCAGCAUCAGUCAAUAGACCAUAGUGGCCUGGUUGCUUUUGUAAAGCAGAAUUGUGCGAAAUUUUUUCUUCUGACACAUUUCUACAAUCAGACCAGGUUAAUCCAUGUCUGAUUUAAUAAGACACUUAAGCAUCAAAGCUUUUUAAAUAAUAACCAGUGUCAUGUAAUUUUAAACUCAUUCAUGUAGCGUUCUUCUGCAUUUGAAAAAGGAAUUGUCAAACUGACUCACAUUAACCCGGUCUGACUGGAUAUGUAUAUACAACAGUGUAAAUAACCAUUUGUAAAUUAAUGUGAAUUGUACCGUAUCUUGCAUUUAUGGACUUGUGUAUUGCAUUGUACUCUCUCCUAUUUUGUAGAAAUUUUGAUGUAAAGAAAAAAUCCAACUUUGUGUGUGCUGACUUUUUUGUUAAAUUGACCAUAUUCAAGGAAUCUGUGUUGUGAGAUAAUCACAUACAUUACCUUUAAUGGAGCAUAUUUAUGUUUCAUGUUAAUAAGGUAUCCAUUAUAGUCUACUGCUGCCGUUGUCUGCUUUCCAUGUGUUUUUAUGUUCCUUUGCUUUUGGGGAUAAAUGAAUAGUAAUACGCUUAGGUGGGGGGAAGAGCUAUUCUAGUAACAGGACAAAUUAAAAAUGCUAAUUAGUGGUAAAUUUAUUGUCUUUCAAGAUAGGGAAACUUAAAUCUGAUACUCACAUCUUAAAUGUUGUCAUACAUCACGUGUGUCAUUGGCAGCCAGUAAUAUCUGCUGAACACACGUGGAAGUUUUAAGUACGCUUCUUUAAGUCGUAUUGUUGUUCCUGUGGUGACAGAAGUUUAACGGAACACAUAGACAAAUUCCUAAGUUAGAAGUUUCCCAUGUACAUGAGCUGUCUAAUGAUAGGAGGAUUAAUUACUGUUGUGCAGCUGUGUAUGGUAUAAUAAAAGGCCAAAUAAUUAAUAUACUUCUGGCUAUCAGUUUCCAGAAUGCUACAGUAGCUAAGGUACCAACUAACUAGUAGCCCACUCGUAUUUAUGGAAACUGGUGUCCGCUGGGUACAUUCUUCCACCAAAUCCUUUCCAAGCCUGGAUAGGUAAAAUAGAGGACUAGUACACCACUUCCUCUCUCAGUGUAAAAGCUGCCUUCCCUGGACUUGUAGUAAAAUUAAACCGUUUAUUGAUGUCUUGCAUGCGAGUUGAACAAAAGCAAUAGUUUGAAGCAGACUUGGUACCGCUUUUAAUAAAAUAAUCAACUGUUGAUGCCAGUAUUUCAACUUUGAAGGGAAGUUAUGGCAACCUACAGGUAUCUUCGUGCCCUUUGAGUGCUUACUGUAAUAUAUUAACUGAAUUCCCUUGGACAUUAAUUCCUUUUUUCUUGAUGCAGUAUCCUUUCGCUGUUUGGAAGCCAGAAAAUUUCCCAUCAAAUUUCCCAUUUCCUAUUCCCAUCAAAUUUAGCCUAUUCAAAUAGUUAAGGGCCACUGUAUCCACCAUACAAGAAAUAAAGACUUCGUAUCAUAUUCAGUUCCUGGUUUAGGAAGUCCCCUGGAGAUUAGGGAAUUAACCUCAGAAGUGAAGCGUUAAGUUUUGUACACCAGCUGAACAUCUUGUUACAGACAGUAAUUUCCGUCUACCUUAUUUUUAAACGAAGUUCUUUAGCUAUCUACAGUGAAAACAGAAGAGCUUUGAGCCUCUUGCCACUGCUGUUUGUAAUAGAUUUGCUGGAAAACGUUGGUACACAAAAUAUGGAGGGUAGGAGUAUUCAAAUAUUUUGGUUGUCAAGUUCACAAAUAGCUCUUGGUGCAAGUCUAUCUAAUAGAAAUAUACCAGACAAAAGACACACACACUCUGAAAAGGUAUAUAUGUUAAUAUUGCCUAGGAUCUCCAAUGGCGCUGUUUGAUGGUAAUUAGAUCCCAAAGGCCUAAGUGUCAAAAGGUCAAUAUUGGAGGGGAAGGGAAUACAUCCAAUUAAAGCACAUGUUUAGAUUUCUGGUUUUUGACCUCCUUAUACUUAGGCAGUUUACUGACUGGAUCAGAUUAUAAAGAAAAGGGAGCUCAUUCCAGCAUGAUGAAGCCUGGAUUUCUUUAAAAAGGCAGUUAGUUGGUGGUUAAGAAAAGUUAAAGUAUACCCUUAUUUCCUUCCCACCAAAAGGUUUUGGUUUUUUUUGUUUUGUUUUUUUAAAUAGACAUAGUCACGAAAUACAGCAGCAAUUUCCUGAUAAACCUUCGUUCUUUGUACCAGUUGGAAUGCAAUUCCUUUUGUUGCGGGAGGCGGGGGGGCUUGUUUUGAAGGCUAUCGGGAGGGUUGGCUGCAUCCUAACUGGCUGUGAAUUUGAGUUGGCUGGUUCUUCAGUGGGUUUUAAUGUUUUGUAUUUUGAUUACUAUGUUCUUAGAUGCCCUUUGAAAAGGCUCCUCUGAAAAAAUGUGCAGGUACUAAACUGGUAAAGGUAGCACCUAGUCCUAUGCCAUUUGUCACACCGUGCAGGAUGUAAUUACAGUUACUGAACAGUAAGAGUUGGAUCCUAUUUCCAGAGAUUCUAGUGCUGAUGUUGUGCAUUAUCAUAGCUGAUUUUUUUUAUACAUUUGCUACUGUGGAUUGAAGGCUCUUUGCUAUUUGUUGGUUAUGAGGGAGAUGACAAAAGGCUGACCGUGUUCUUGUGCCAUGUAGGUGUUCCUUUUGCCAACUGAACCGCUCGAGUGAGGGGGGCUCUCCGAGGUGGUAGAACCGCACAAGUCCGGAGGGUACAUGACUAACUUUGUGGCCUACAGACCUCUGGAAUGGAAAAGAAAAUGUGCAGAUUGCUUUCACGUGUCAGUUGCGUGGUGCUGCUCUAGUGAUGUGAUGAGACCCUGGAAAUUUCAUUGUCUGACUUCAAGUGGCUUUACCAAAUGAGCUGUUUGUGUAGUUUGUCAGUUUCCUAGUUACCGUAGCAGAGGGAAUCUUCUAAAACUGUAUUGUACUGUAUUUUUGUCUGUGCACAAUUGGCUAGUUUGCAUAAUAUGAAAUAUUUGAUUCUUUAAAAUGCUGAGUAGUCUAGAAGAUACUCUUCCUUCAGAUGCUUUAAUGAUCACUGCUUCAUUCACUGUCGAGAAAAGUUGAUUGAAACGGUCCUGUAGUGUCAGAGGAAUGGUCUGAGCACAGGACUGAGAGCCAUGAAUACCACCUAAUUCAGGAGUUGAUACUGAUUCCCUUUGUGGCCUUUGAAAGCUGUUUAGCUUUUCUGCCUCAGUGUCCUCAACUUGUAGAAGUGGAGAAUAAUUUACAUGUCUCCCACGGAUGUUGUGAGCAUUAACUUAAUGUUUGCAAAGUGAUAGGAGUUGUAGCUUCAUGUAAUGCCCCUGACCAUUUUUGUUUUAAAAUCACUUAUCUUUAUAUGUAUAUAUAUUUUUUCACAUAACUGGGAAGAAAUGCACACAAACCACAAUGUGAAAGUGACUUAUAGGGGGAAAUAGUGUAAAUUGCCAAACACAAUGUUAUCAAAUGCACAAAAUAAACUGGAAAACAAAAAUUCUAAUCUUUGUUAUAAUUUUAGCUGUUUACUUCUCCUGAUCGUAGCUAUGAAAUCUUCAGUCAGAAGUGUGUGGAGGUUUUUUUAUUUGUUGUUGUUGCAGUGACCCUUCUUUCAUUUGUGUAUCUCAGAUACAGUCUGUGGUAGUGUAACGCAGUGUUGUACAUAAGAGCUUUGAUUAGUCUCAGCAUUGAGAAUGUAUCAGUAUCUUAAACAAAUAUAACUUGAAGUAGAUUUGUUGGUUCACAAAUUUGUAUUAGCCAGCUAUCCAAAGCCCUGUAACACUUGUAAAGAUAGGACUAUGGGAUAAUAGGAAUACUUUCCAAUGUCGUUCCAUUGUUCCACAACAUUUUUUCAUUGUUUUCUCAUUUUUAUGUUUCUGUUAAGUCAUAUGUCCUGUGAAUAAAAUGGUCCCAAUCUUUAAAAAAAUCAUUUCUAUGUCAUAGAGUUAACAUAUGUUCUGUUCAUUCAUCAGCUUUCACUGGAAUGAACAGUGUUUCUUUUGAACGAAACAUUGGAGCUAUGUUAUAAUAAAGGCCUUCUACCAUUGAUUAAAUGAAGGAAUGUAUCUUUCAAAGAUUUAUAUUGUGUAAAUAAUUUAAAACUGGUUGUAACAAUAAAGCUGGUUUCUAACUGCA